AUCCAUAAUAAACACAAGUUUAGACACAAAACUGAAACAACAAUGGCGACCAAACUUUUUUUCCUUGUUGGGUUUAUGCUAAUACAGUAUUGGAAGAAAAGUGCAGCUGAAUCCAUUGGGUUUGCAGCAUAUGGUGAAGAAAAACUCUCUAAUGUUGUGGUCGUUGGAAAUGUAUUGUGUGAGGCUUGUUCAGGCACUAGCAGCUACUUUAUACCCAGUGCCACGGUAGGGUUAGAGUGCAGAGUUGAUAUUAACCAGAAAACAAGAUCACCAUCAUCGUUGCUUGUUGAAAUUGCACAAAGUGAUGAAUAUGGAGAUUUCUUGUUGGAAGUUCCAUCAGCUUUUCAUCUGGAAGAGAGAAUAAGAGAUUGUAGCAUAACCCUAGUUAGCAAUCCAGAAGGGUCAUGCAAUGUUCCAUCUACUAGAAAACCUUGUAACCUCGUCUUAUUAUCAAGUUAUCCGAAUGGUCUUCGCAUCUACACUUGUGCUGUCCCUCUAAGUUAUCGCCCUCCUUUCUGUUAUGAUGGAUUGUUGGAAAUAAGUCACACCUGAACCAAAAAUGAACAGACCUUCUAGAACUUCUCAUCUUUCUCUUGUUUUUCUCUUGUUUGUAUCUGUUACCAAGUAAUUAAUACCAUGGAGAGCUGUGUUUUAGCCCCAGGUAGAUUGUUUUUUCCUGUUCUCUACAUCUGUUACCAUUUAGUUAAUACCAUGGAGAGCUGUGGUUCAGCCCCAGGUAGAUGUUUUUUCUGCUCUCUGCAUAUGUUACCAUUUAGUCAAUACCAUGGAGAGCUGUGUUUCAGCCCCAGGUGGAUGCUUUUUUCUGUUCUCUACAUCUGUUACCAUUUUGUUAAUAACAUGGAGAGCUGUGGUUCAGCCCCAGGUAUAUGCUUUUUUCAACUGUGGCACCCAUUUGUUGGAUGAUCAAUGUUUACUAUUUUAAGUGGUUUGUAGAUGACUGGGUGACGUUGUAAUAGAGUUGUUAUAGCCACAGUAAUCAGUCCUCUUUGAUACAGUUAUGGCAUGUGGUCAAUACAGUCCAUAUACAAUCGAGAAACUUGUACCAUUCACAUAUCCACAUCUUUAUAAGGAUAUUAUGUCUCAUUGUAAAUAACCAGACAUUGUACAGUUAUGGCUUGCAGAAUAUUGAUAAACACUUGUAGUUU